GGGGGACGAACUGAAAGGAGAAUGAAGGGUGAAGUACGACCCCUGAUUUAUCGGAUGAGCAUCAUCGACAAAUGAUAUUGAUUUGAUAAGCAGUCAGGGGUGAAAAAUAUGGUUGCGGAUAAAACCUACCCUUCAUACUCGACUUCCGCUGAUUGCUCCCUCGGAAUAUCUUCGGACAACACAAUACCUACAGUACACACACACGACUUACACACACCCCCCAGAACCAACCCCCUUUCCCUUGCGUCCUCAUCAUUGCAACAUACAUUUACCAAUUUGCCAUAUCGAUGGCCACGGCCGAAGACCGAGUGACGAGUGAUUGUACAGCGAUUAUUUGUCUGUCGAUCCCAUCCGCCGCUUCCUGAUGAACGAUUUAUCCGUAAACCGUUUGUCCGACCCGUUGCCUACCUAUUAGUACAUUUUUGGACCUUCGUGGCCUCAACUGUUCACCUCCACCAUGGCAGGCCUUAAAAAGCUGCGUCAUCGAUUGCCGAACUCCACUUUUUUUUAAGUUUUGCUGUAGGGUUUAGAGGGAGACGAACGAUAAAAGGUAAACAUGGCAGCGAACAGUGGACGGCGAAGCGAUGAUAGCUUAGCGUUGUCCGCAACUUGCGACCUGCAAGCCGUUACAGACAAACUCAUAGGGCACUGGUACUGCAUCGCAUUCGGUUAUUAUAGCAGCAGCUCAUCUGAAGAAAACACGAUACAAUUGUUGAGCAAAUGUCAAGGAACGCCCCAAACGUCACAAACCUCGUGCUGGGCUCCUUUUUCCGGUCCAUUCUGUAUAUGGUUUUUGUAUCUGACAUCCGCUAAAGAGCCAACCAUUGGAAAUGGGCGCUUUGCACUGGUCCGUACUCAUUAUUCGGAGAUUAAUUACUGAAGGAAGACUACAACAACACAUUUGCCUUUUCAUUUCGUCUCUUCUACCAUUAGUACCUGUUGAUCUUGAUUGUGUUCGUUAAACAUCUCUUUCACAUCUGCAUCUCCGUCAGCUGCCGGUGCAUUCACCCACCCCGUCCGGCCACGAACCUUUUUGAGCAAACAGUAAAACACCUGGUAUUUUACAACGCUUUACAACAGUUUCUUCUCAUUCCUCCCUUGAUUAUAUUCCUCUUUUGAUGUCUCACCGAUUAACUUCUUCUACUUCGGCCAAUUGGGGUCCAAGAGGAUCAAUCUCUUCAUUUGCGUCAGUAUCAACAGCCAACCGAUAUGGGCCUUCAGCAACUCCAACUAGUACUUUGUCGACAGUUCCCCUCAAUGUACACUCACCUCAUCAAGCAGCACUUCCAACAGACGAUGAUGACGAUUUAGACGAUAGUCUCCACACAUUCACCCCGAAAGAAUACAGAGAGCAUUACAUCUCCUCUCGUUUCAACUUGAAGUCUUGGCGAGGUUGGACUAAUGCUUUGACUCUAGUGGUCUUAGCAGGUGGGGCUGUAAUGCUUUUUGCCGGUUACCCGAUUAUAUCUUUUUAUUAUGGUGACAGCAACUCGUCGGGCGGGAAUACAUCUGGCUUCAAUCUCGGCGGUAUCAAUGCAAGUGGGCAGUAUCCAGAAAUACCAGGACUACCGUCUUUGAUCGACCCUGAUACGCCGUCUUGGGCCUAUUCCAGAAAGGGGUCAGAUGACGAGGACUGGGAAUUGGUGUUUUCAGACGAGUUUGAGAAGGAGGAUAGGACCUUUUUUGAGGGAGACGAUCCAUUCUGGACAGGCAUGGAUAUUCAUUAUUGGGUAACUGGUGAUUAUGAAUGGCUUGAUCCCUCCGCUGUGACGACAAAAGACGGUCACCUGGUUAUCACUAUGACUCAAGAACCAAUUCACGAUCUCAACUUCAGGUCGGGAAUGAUUCAAUCUUGGAACAAGUUGUGUUUCAACAAGAAUGCUAUCUUCGAAGUUUCAGCCAGUUUCCCCGGUACAUCUGAAAUUGGAGGGUUCUGGCCCGGUAUUUGGACGAUGGGUAACUUGGGCAGACCAGGAUAUGCCGGGACGACGGACGGAACAUGGCCGUAUUCUUAUGACUCUUGCGAUGUCGGCACAUUACCCAAUCAAACAUGGGUGAAUGGGACAGGUCCUAUAGCAGCCCUCACGACCGGAUCCAACGGCGGAGCUCUAUCAUAUUUGCCUGGCCAACGACUUUCGGCUUGUACCUGCCCUGGUGAAGACCAUCCCGGACCCGAUAUUACCGUUGGUCGAGCAGCUCCUGAGAUCGAUAUGGUCGAAGCCCAGAUCGCCAUCGCAGAAGGAGAAGGACAAGUAUCUGCAAGCCUACAGCUUGCCCCCUUCGAUGAUUAUUACCAGUUCGACAAUUCAACCCGAUAUGCCACGAUCUACGACAAUGAUCUGACCUAUUUCAACACGUAUCUGGGUGGUACUACACAGCAAUCAGCCUCUGGCCUCACUACCGUCCCUUCCAAAAUCUACUACGAUCAAGAUGGUGAAAGCAAACAGUUUGUAAUGUUUGCCAUGGAGUACCAGGCAUUCCCGGAUGAUCGAGAUAAUGCAUAUAUCACUUGGUGGGCGGAUAAUAAAACGUCUUGGACACUUCGUUCGGGCGCUAUUGGUCCCAACGAGAGGACUGAGGUCAGUAGGCGACUUAUACCUGAAGAACCUAUGGCUAUGGUCAUGAAUCUUCAUUUGUCGAAUGGCUUCCAGGCUGUCGACUUUAAUCACCUCACCUGGCCAAACUAUCUUCGAAUCGAUUACGUUCGAAUCUACCAAAAGGCCGACCAUAUCUCUCUUACUUGCGACCCUGAAGAUUAUCCGACGGCCGAUUACAUCGAAGAUCAUAUUGAAGUGUACAGCAACCCAAACAUCACCACGUGGAAGGAAGGCGGCUAUUCAUUCCCCAAAAACAGAUUGAAGGAUGAGUGCUAAAGAAGCACACUCUUUCUCUUGUCGAUCAUUGAUAUCGACUCGCUUCGCAUAUAUAUACCCUCAUUUUUGAUCUCUGACAUGGACAAUGGACAACAAUUGUUAGUUCGGACAACAUAACGGACAGUGGUUCAGUUCGGGCAACAAAACGGACAAUCAAGGUUAAUCUAGGUAGACUUUUUAAAAGACCAUUUUUUGCAUUGUGACAUGGCUAUGCAUUUGGAUGAC